UCCUGCACGGGCAUGUUUCCAGUCGGUUCUUGUUGUUAUGCUAGUUUACGACUGCGGCGGGGAUGGCGGGGCUGUCGGGCCCAGCACGAGAUGGGUGUACAAAAAUACUCAAUUUAUUGUCGAAGGCCGACCUUCUUUCACUGAGUGACACCGUUACAAAUAAGAUGAUUGUAGUGGAGAACGUUACAGAGGCUGCAGAGGCAAUCCUCUCCUUCACUAGCAAUGCAGAGGAGCUCCUGAGGAGGAAGAAGGUCCAUCGUGAUGUCAUUUUCAAGUACCUGGCCAAAGAAGGGGUGAAGAUGCCCCCCAGUAGUGAGAAGCACCAGCUUGUGAAGAGGGCGCUGCAGCUAUGGUCAAAUACGGAGGUGUCGAUUGAAGAACGUUUGCCGGGUACGACUGAUCACACGAGACAAAGGUCAUUGGCAAACACACCCCAGGACACCGCAGACGUGAAAAAUGAUGCUACCUUUGACAUUUUGGCACUUGGGCAGCAGUUCUGCCAUUGGUUCUUCCAGCUUUUGAACAGUCACAAUCCCUCACUGGCCCAACAGCCUCAGGACUGGGGGCCGCAACACUUCUGGCCAGAUGUGAAGCUCCGCCUUAUUGCCAGAGCUGGAAGUGAACAGAUGGAAGAGUUCCUGGGUGCUGAGCUGGUCAGCUGUCGUCUCCUGGCCUUGACCAAGGAAGAGCAUCUCCUUCUCAGCCCCAACCUGGAGCCGCAUGGCCUCAAAGUGCUGGCCUCCCCCCACGGACUGGUUCUGGUGGCCGUAGCCGGGACCAUCCACAGGGACGCUGCCUGCCUGGGAAUAUUUGAGCAAAUAUUUGGACUCAUUCGCUCACCACUAGACAAUAACAGCUGGAAGAUCAGAUCAGUCACCUUGAAGAUCAGGGGGCAGGACGCUCUGAUGGGGAUGCAGAUGUCAGCACCCGCCCUUAGUUACAACUCCAGUGACCUCUUGCUGCUUUGCAGUUUAUAACAUUGAAGACUGUUUUUAUUUGAUUACAUUGUUUGACAUUGUUUUAUUGAUGAACCUGCUCCAAGGCAGAUUGUGUUUUAAAAGUGGAGUGGCUCACAUAACUCUCUUUCCGUGGCAUGUCGAUCAACACUGAUGCACAACGACAUGCAUGGAAGUAUGUCAGUUAUGUUACUUAAAAGCGUGACUGUGUCAUGUUUGCUUUUCCAGCUCUCAUAACAGUUUUCUGUUGAAUUUUACUUUGUUGUGACGUAUACCAAACUUUGGUGACUUGUGCCUUUAUUAACACUUCAUAUGAGUGCAGACAUGUACAUAUGUACCAUAUCAAAUAAAGAAA